UCUGGGACCAGGAUCCCUCUGUGAGCAACUUAGAGAAGAGAGGAGGACGAGGAGGAGAGAGCCCCGCUCUUCCACGGCGCAGCAGGCCGGCAGCCUGAGUGUCACAGACUGCCAGACCCAGGGCACCCCUUCGGGCAGCUCUGCCCCUCCCAAAGGAUGCUUCGGGAGUGAAGCCACUCCUCACCCCUCAGCCCCUCACUCCCUCCGCUCUCCCCAGGCUCUUGAAGCCAGCAACAGUCCCUCCUGCCCUCUUCUCCAGGCCAUUGCUGGAUCGCUCUGAUUUGGAUCCAGCUCUGCUUUCUGAUAACGGGAGAGGGCAGCGAGGACUACCUGGAAGGGUGACAGCCCAGAGCCAGGACUAUACCUGCACCAGAGAGCAUCCGCUGCUAGGGCGCCCUGUGGCUUCAGACUACCAUGCCAGCUCCAGUCUUCAAAGGCCUGGUGCUGUUGCUGCUCCUGUUGUUGCUGCUGGGACCACAGGCCUCCCGAGGCCUGGUCAUCAUACCCCCAGGGCCAGAACUUGUCCUCAAUGUUUCCAGCAACUUUGUUCUGACCUGCUUGGGUUCAGCUCCUGUUGUGUGGGAACGAAUGUCCCACGAGCCCCAGCAGGAAAUGAACAAGACCCAGGAUGGCAGCUUCUCCAGCAGGCUGACACUGACCAACGUCACUGGGCUGGACACGGGCGAGUACUUCUGUACCUACAAAGGUUCCCAUGGGCUGGAGCCCAGCGAGCGAGAAAGGAUCUACAUCUUUGUGCCAGACCCCAACUUGAGCUUCCUCCCUGUCACUUCUGAGGAACUAUUCAUCUUCCUUACGGAAGUAACAGAGACCACCACCAUUCCAUGCCGGGUGACAGACCCACAACUGGUGGUGACACUGCAUGAGAAGAAAGUGGAUGUGCCUCUGCCCGUCCCCUAUGACCACCAGCGUGGUUUCUCUGGAAACUUUGAGGACAAGACUUACAUCUGCAAAACCACCAUCGGGGACAAAGAGGUGGAUUCCGAGACCUACUAUAUCUACAGCCUCCUGGCCAACCUCUCUCCACCAGUGUCAUCCAUCAACGUCUCAGUGAGUGCUGUGCAGACAGUGGUCCGCCAGGGAGAGAACAUCACCAUCAUGUGCAUUGUGACUGGCAACGAUGUGGUCAACUUUGAGUGGACAUACCCCCGCAUGGAGAGUGGGCGGAUGGUGGAGCCGGUGACAGACUUCCUCAUGAACACGCCCGCCCACAUACGCUCCAUACUGCACAUCCCCAAUGCUGAGCUGGACGACUCAGGGACCUAUACUUGCAACGUAUCGGAGAGUGUGAAUGACCACCGGGAUGAAAAAGACAUCAAUAUCACUGUGGUCGAGAGCGGCUACGUGCGGCUGCUGGGGGAGCUGGACGCUGUACAGUUCGCGGAGCUGCACCGCAGCCGGACUUUGCAGGUGAUGUUCGAGUCAUACCCGCCGCCCACUGUCAUGUGGUUUAAGGACAACCGCACCCUGGGCGACUCCAGCGCCGGCGAGAUCUCCCUGUCUACACGCAACGUUUCCGAGACCCGGUAUGUGUCAGAAUUGACAUUGGUGAGGGUGAAGGUGGCCGAGGCUGGCCGCUACACCAUGAGGGCCUUCCAUGAGGACGACGAGGCCCGACUCUCCUUCCAACUGCAGGUCAACGUGCCAGCCCGAGUGCUGGAGCUGAGUGAGAGCCACCCCGCCAAUGGGGAGCAGACCGUCCGCUGCCGAGGCCGAGGCAUGCCCCAGCCACACCUGAUGUGGUCUCUCUGCAGGGAUCUCAAAAGGUGCCCGCGCGAGCUACCGCCCACGCUUCUGGGUAACAGUUCCAAGGUGCAGAGCCAGAUGGAGACUAACGUGACUUACUGGGCGGAGGAGCAGGAGUUCGAGGUGGUGAGCACCCUGCACCUGUCCCGUGUGGAUCAGCCGCAAUCGGUACGCUGUUCGCUGAGCAACCUGCUGGGCCAGGACACGCAGGAGGUCACCGUGGUACCACACGUCCUGCCCUUUAAGGUGGUGGUGAUCUCAGUCAUCCUGGUCUUGGUGGUCGUCACAGUCAUCUCCUUCAUCAUCCUCAUCGUGAUCUGGAAGAAGAAGCCACGCUAUGAGAUCCGAUGGAAGGUGAUCGAAUCCGUGAGCUCCGAUGGCCACGAGUACAUCUACGUGGACCCCAUGCAGCUGCCUUAUGAUUCCACCUGGGAGCUGCCGCGGGACCAGCUUGUGCUCGGACGUACCCUGGGCUCUGGAGCCUUCGGACAGGUGGUGGAGGCCACAGCUCAUGGCCUGAGCCAUUCCCAGGCCACCAUGAAAGUGGCCGUCAAGAUGCUGAAAUCCACAGCCCGCAGCAGUGAGAAACAAGCCCUCAUGUCUGAGCUGAAGAUCAUGAGUCAUCUGGGACCCCACCUGAAUGUGGUCAACCUGCUGGGGGCCUGCACCAAAGGAGGCCCCAUCUACAUCAUCACCGAGUACUGCCGCUACGGCGACCUGGUAGACUACCUGCACCGCAACAAGCACACCUUCCUGCAGCUCUGCUCAGACAAGCGCCGCCCGCCCAGCACCGAGCUCUACAGCAACGCCCUGCCCGCUGGGGCCCCCCUGCCCAGCCACAUGUCCCUGCCUGGGGAGAGUGAUGGUGGCUACAUGGACAUGAGCAAGGACGAGUCGGCAGACUACGUGCCCAUGCUGGACAUGAAAGGAGACGUCAAAUACGCAGACAUAGAUUCCUCCAACUACAUGGCCCCGUAUGACAACUACGUCCCCUCUGCUCCUGAGAGGACCUAUCGGGCAACUCUCAUCAACGAGUCCCCGGUGCUGAGCUACACGGAUCUGGUGGGCUUCAGCUACCAAGUGGCCAAUGGCAUGGAGUUCCUGGCCUCUAAGAACUGUGUCCACAGAGAUCUGGCAGCGAGGAAUGUGCUCAUCUGUGAGGGCAAGCUGGUCAAGAUUUGUGACUUCGGCCUGGCUCGUGACAUCAUGCGGGACUCCAAUUAUAUCUCCAAAGGCAGUACCUUCCUUCCCCUGAAGUGGAUGGCCCCCGAGAGCAUCUUCAACAGCCUCUACACCACCCUGAGUGACGUGUGGUCCUUUGGAAUCCUGCUCUGGGAGAUCUUCACCUUGGGUGGCACCCCUUACCCUGAGCUUCCCAUGAAUGAGCAGUUCUACAACGCCAUCAAGCGGGGCUACCGCAUGGCCCAGCCAGCCCAUGCCUCCGACGAGAUCUACGAGAUCAUGCAGAAGUGCUGGGAAGAGAAGUUUGAGAUCCGGCCCCCCUUCUCCCAGCUGGUACUGCUGUUGGAGAGACUGCUGGGUGAGGGGUACAAGAAGAAGUACCAGCAGGUGGAUGAGGAGUUUCUGAGGAGCGACCACCCAGCAGUCCUUCGGUCCCAAGCUCGCUUGCCCGGCUUCCAUGGCCUCCGGUCCCCACUGGAUACCAGUUCUGUCCUCUACACUGCUGUGCAGCCCAACGAGGGGGACAAUGACUACAUCAUCCCCCUGCCUGACCCCAAACCUGAAGCUGCUGAUGAGGGACCACUGGAGGGUUCCCCUAGUCUUGCCAGCUCCACGCUAAAUGAAGUCCACACCUCCUCCACCAUCUCCUGUGAUGGUCCCCUGGAACUGCAAGAGGAAGGGGAGCUGGAGCCCCAGCCCCCAGGGGAGCCUGAGCCAGAGCCGGAGCCGGAGCCAGAGCCGGAGCCCGAGUGGCAGCCCGAUCCAAGUGGCCCUGGGCCUCGGGCUGAGGCAGAGGACAGCUUCCUGUAGGGGGGCUGGACCCCAGGUUGCCCCCACAAAGCGCCCGGCAACCUCACAGCACCCAGGGCCUCCCGGCUCGAUCCAGCCCAGCCUCCAUCCCUCUGGAAAGAUUGUGCCUCUGCGUGUCACGCCCUGCCCCCUGGGGCUGCCUUAGACAGCAAGAACUGCAGCGGCCCUGACUAGCUUCCCAGAAGGAAGGCCCGGUGACUCUGAGCCAGGGGACUCUAUUUCCCCGUCUGUAAGAUGGGAAAGUUGCAGUUUUCUCCCUGGCUGACAGCUCAGAAUCCUGGGACAUUCUGGAGGUUUGGGAGAUGGUAUUAACUUUUUCUGCUCAGCCAUUGAGGGGCUUCAGUUCUCUCUCGCACUUUUAUCCACCCAGGAAUUGGGAAAGAGGCUGUGGCCUCCCGGACUCCUGGCUGUUUUUGACCUUGGACCAUGUUGCCUCAUCUAAAAGCCACUUCUGUCACAUGUCGGUCUGCUCUUCCAGGCCCACGGGGGUCUGGGGCCAUCAUGCUCACUUGCUAGGGGCAAGUCAGGGCCAGCACGACUUGCCCCAGGCACUCGGGGCACACCCUGCCAUAGAAAGUGCCUGUGUCCAUGUUUUCCUGGCCCCAUGGGUCCUGGGGUGUGUUUCCUCAUCACUGCCAGUCUUAUUCCAGCCACCCGGUUCUCCAGGUCAGGCAGACCCACACCUGGAGCUGUGUUGACAUGUCUCGAGAGGUGUUCACUCGUGAGAAUGAUACGUGCCUUGGACUCUCUAAGAGGUCUCAGAGGAAUCUCUCACCCUCUUUGGGUCUGUUUUCCCUUUGAAAAAUGAGCAAGUUAGACUCAUCAACUUCUGGUGCCCUGCCAGCGUUCACAUUCUAGAAAAUUCCAAGAGUUGCAUAUAUACUCAAAUGAAGCAAAGCCAAACACGCCAGACCUCCAUCCUGGAGGUCAUCUGGGGAGAGUCCAGGUCACUACAGGCAUUCACGUGUCCUAGAAGCCCCCAAUAACUGUCCCAGGAACAUUGGAAGAGGACCAGACCCCCUUUAGCACCCACACUGACCUCCAGAGCUAUCCUGGGCAAAGACCUCCCAGUGCAGCCUGGCACACCAGCACCCGCUGUCCAGGACAGUGAGCUCCCUGAGGGUCCCCGGAGAGGACAAGAAGCCUUGGGUGGGAACCUGAGACAGGGGUGCAAGGGUAGCUAUGGGGGGGGGUUCCUUCCCACCUACCAGCUGCCCUGUCCGUAAGGUGUCUGGCCUCCUCACCUGUGACCUCUGCCAGCCACACCCCAGCCCUGGGGGCAUUGGAGGGGCCAGGAAAAUGAGGGUAUGACCAAGAGUACUAACCCAGGGAGGCAGGAAAGGGGGUGAGGGAAGACCGGCCCUCUGAGCACCUGCAUCUUGUGCUGGUUGGGGCUCCCGAGGCCUGGAGGAGGGGAGUGGGUUCUCACUACGGUACCAAAGAUGUAAUCACCUAGGUUUACAAGUAUUUUAGGACUCACAUUAACUCACAUUAUACAACAGAAGUACUAUUUUGUAUGCCGUCAUGUUUUCUUAUCUGUGUACUUUUUUUAAGGGAAAGAUUUUAAUAUUAAACUUGGUGCUUCUCACUCA